AUGUUGGUCCGCUUCUGGCUCCUGUGCGCUCUGGGCGCCGCUGUGGCCCCUCAGGAUGUCACAGAACAAGCCAGACUCUUUCUAGAAGACUUCAGCAGGAGGGCAGAGGAGCUCAGCUACGAGAACUCCCUUGCCUCCUGGAGCUACAACACCAACAUCACCGAGGAGACUGCCCAGCGAAUGAACCAGGCUGCUGCCAGGUGGGCAGCGUUUUACAGCGAGGCCUCCAGCAAUGCCAGCAGCUUCCCACUGCCCAGCAUCCAGGAUGCUCUCAUCAGGCUCCAGAUCCAGGCUCUCCAGGACAGAGGAUCAUCAGUGCUCUCAGCAGAAAAGUACAGCAGACUGGGCACCGUGCUCAACACCAUGAGCACCAUCUACAGCACCGGCACCGUCUGCAGGGGCAGCACCACCUCCGAGUGCCUGCUGCUGGAGCCAGGGCUGGACAGGAUCAUGGCUGAGAGCUGGGACUACCAUGAGAGGCUGUGGGCCUGGGAAGGCUGGAGAGCUGAGGUGGGCAGGAUGAUGAGACCCUUGUAUGAGGAGUAUGUUGAACUGGAGAAUGAGGCUGCCAAGCUCAAUGGCUACUCGGACUAUGGGGAUUACUGGAGAGCCAACUACGAGGUGGAGUACCCAGAGCAGUACAGGUACAGCCGUGACCAGCUGAUGGAAGACGUGGAGAGGACGUUUGAGCAGAUCAAGCCUCUGUACCAGCAGCUCCAUGCCUACGUCAGGCACCGGCUGGGGCAGCUCUACGGCCCAGACCUCAUCAGCUCCACAGGCUGCAUCCCUGCUCACCUCCUGGGGGAUAUGUGGGGCAGGUUCUGGACCAAUCUGUAUCCCCUGACCGUUCCCUACCCAUCCAAACCCAACAUUGAUGUGACCUCUGCCAUGCUGGAGAAGAAAUGGGAUGCAAUGAGAAUGUUCAGAGCUGCUGAAUCCUUCUUCACCUCCAUUGGGCUCUAUGCCAUGACUGAGGGCUUCUGGACCAACUCGAUGCUGACAGAGCCCACGGACGGCAGGAAGGUCGUCUGCCACCCCACGGCCUGGGACAUGGGCAAGGGGGACUACAGGAUCAAGAUGUGCACCAAGGUGGGCAUGGAGGACCUGCUGACGGCUCACCACGAGAUGGGACACGUCGAGUACGACAUGGCCUACGCCGCGCAGCCCUACCUGCUGCGCUCCGGCGCCAACGAGGGCUUCCACGAGGCCGUGGGGGAGAUCAUGGCCCUCUCUGCGGCCACCCCCCGGCACCUCAAAGCCCUGCAGCUCCUGGAGCCAGCCUUCCAAGAGGAUGCAGAAACUGAGAUCAACUUCCUGCUGAAGCAAGCCCUGACGAUUGUGGGGACCAUGCCCUUCACCUACAUGCUGGAGAAGUGGAGGUGGCUGGUGUUCAGCGGGCAGAUCCCCAAGCAGGAGUGGACCAGGCGCUGGUGGGAGAUGAAGAGGGACAUAGUUGGUGUUGUUGAACCAGUCCCUCACGACGAGACCUACUGCGACCCCGCGGUGCUCUUCCACGUGGCCAACGAUUACUCAUUCAUAAGGUAUUACACCCGGACCAUCUACCAGUUCCAGUUUCAGGAGGCGCUGUGCAAGGCAGCGAACCACAGUGGCCCUCUUCACACCUGUGACAUCACCAACUCCACUGCAGCUGGCCAGAAGCUGAGGCAGCUGCUUGAGCCAGGCAGAUCCAAGCCCUGGACUCAGGCCCUGGAGAGUGUAACAGGAGAGAAACAGAUGAAUGCAACCCCCCUGCUCCACUACUUUGAGCCUUUGUACAAGUGGCUGCAAGAAGCCAACUCUGCCAGAUACGUUGGCUGGAAGACAGAUUGGACUCCAUAUGCCGCCAACGCCAUCAAGGUGCGCAUCAGCCUGAGGUCGGCGCUGGGCGAGCAGGCGUAUGAAUGGAAUGGAAAUGAGCUCUUCCUGUUCAAGUCAGCCAUUGCCUAUGCCAUGAGGAAAUACUUUGCAGAGGUGAAGCACCAGGAGGUUGACUUCCAGCUUGCAGACAUCCAUGUUGGGCAGGAGACACAGAGGAUCUCCUUCUACCUUACUGUCAGCAUGCCAGGGAACAUCAGUGACAUCGUGCCCAAAGCUGAGGUGGAAGAUGCCAUCAGGCUGUCUCGGGGCCGCAUCAACGAAGCCUUCCGGCUGGACGACAACUCGCUGGAGUUUGAGGGCAUCCCCCCGACCCUGGCCCCGCCGUACCAGCCGCCAGUCACCAUCUGGCUGAUUGUGUUCGGCGUGGUGAUCGGCAUGGUCGUCGUCGGGGUCGUCGUCCUGAUCAUCACCGGGCAGAGAGAUCGCAGGAGGAGAGCAAGAGAGAGCAGGAGUGAGGCAGGAGCAGGCCGUGGGGAGGUGAACCCUUACGAGGACGUGGGGCAGACCAACCCAGGCUUUCAGACUGCUGAUGAGACACAGACUGCAUUCUAG